AUGGUGUGUGGUGGAAUGGAUGCUCACAUCAAUGGAGAACUCGCACAUGGCUUUGAGAAUUUAAUUUGUGUUCGUUGUGCUGAUGGCUUCUCUCUACAAGACCAAAUUGUCAACUCAACUGGUCAAGUAUGGCAUUCAGAAUGCUUCGUAUGUGCACAAUGUUUCGAACCCUUCCCUGAUGGCAUUUAUUUUGAAUUUGAAGGAAGAAAGUAUUGUGAACAUGAUUUCCAUGUACUCUAUGCUCCAUGUUGUGGAAAAUGCAAUGAAUUUAUCGUUGGUCGAGUGAUCAAAGCGAUGAAUGCCAGCUGGCAUCCGCAUUGUUUCCGAUGUGAGUUGUGUAGUAAAGAGCUAGCUGACAUUGGUUUUCUCCGAAAUGCCGGAAGAGCAUUGUGCAGAGAAUGUAACGAAAGAGAGAAGGCUGCAGGAUCUGGACGUUAUGUCUGCCAUAAGUGUAAUGCUAUGAUUGACGAAGGUCAACAUAUCAAAUUCCGCGGAGAUUCAUACCACCCGUACCAUUUCAAAUGCAAAAAGUGCAGUUGUGAGCUCACAGUUGACUCGCGUGAAGUAGGAGGAGAGCUGUAUUGUCUUCGUUGUCAUGACACGAUGGGAAUUCCUAUUUGUGGAGCUUGCCAUCGACCUAUCGAAGAAAGAGUUGUUACAGCCUUAGGGAAAAACUGGCAUGUUGAGCAUUUCGUUUGCUCUGUAUGUGAGAAGCCGUUCUUAGGUCAUCGACAUUACGAAAGGAAAGGACUUGCGUAUUGCGAUCAGCACUAUCACAAACUCUUUGGAAACCUCUGCUUCAAAUGUGGAGAAGCUUGUGGAGGAGAAGUUUUCCAGGCUCUUCAAAAAACUUGGUGUAUCAAAUGCUUCUCCUGUUCAUUCUGUGACAAAAAAAUGGACCACAAAACUAAGUUCUACGAAUUCGAUAUGAAACCUACUUGCAAGAGAUGUUAUGAUCGCUUCCCCACAGAAUUGAAGAAGAGAAUUUCCGACAGCUUGAAAGACCGCGAUUUAGAAAACCAGCGUCGACAGUCUAUGAGCCCAUCUCAUAGGCAGUAA